AUGGAUAAUCUGCUGUUAGGUUUGGGUUCGGAGGUCCGCGAGUUGAAAUUGGGGGCCACGUUCACCCAUCCAUCCGCGCAAACCGCAUAUCAUACUUUAAAAUACGACUUCAAACCAGCCAGUGUAGACGUCAGCAAAUCAGCAACGCUUGAGGUUGGAUCCAACAAAGAAGUGACAGUUACCGUGCCACAUCUGGAUGGCUCCGGAGUUCCCAAUACGGUGUUCAAGGGGAACCAACAGGAUUACAGCAUGAAGGAUUGUGUGCUUAUUAUCGACCACGCCACGGGGGAAAUUACGCUCGAGAGACUGUGUAGUAAUGUGCAAGUCAAGAAGACAAGAACUGAAGGCAAAAUCGUUCAGAUUCCUCCUCAACCAGCUUCGAUUAAGAUGGAAAAUCCCACUGCCAGACGAAGCUCCAAAACCAAGGUCACCACCGGUCAUCGCAAGAACGGUCUCAUCGAUCUCGCACCAAAACAUUUACCCUUACGAAAUUCGCCGUACUGCCGCCCACACAAGACUCCACAGGAACCGGCCUGGAGUGUCAGCAAUUCGCAUCAGUCAUUGCCGAGUCUUCCAAUUAUUGGCAUGGAUGAAAAUGAUUUUAUCUCUGUGCCUUCGUUACCAGAACCAACGACACAGGCGCAAAAGCAGCGACAGGAACAACAAAUGUACAGUGCGACUAUAACUGCAAGCCUCGCUAAUAAUAAUAAUAACAAUGCGGCUUCAAUCGAGGUUAACCUACCAAAGACACAAGCUGCUACAAUGAGUUCGUCUGAAUCGAGUGAUUCGAGUAGCAGUAGUUCUGAUUCGGACACCGACAGCAGUUCUGAAUCCGACAGUAGCUCUGAAUCGGACAGUUCGCGAACAAGUUCCAAAGCUAAGGUAGCCACCGGUCAUCGUAAAAACAGUCCCUUCAAUCUCGUACCAAAACUUUCAUCACUACAAAAUUCGACAUCUUUCCGCCCAAACAAGACUUCACAAGCACCGGCCUGGAGUCACAAAAGUACCCAACAGUCAUUGCCGAGUGUUCCAACCAUCGAUAUAGAAGAUGGAAACGUUUGUAUGCCUCCUGUGUUACAUCUAGCCGAACAACCGCACAAAGUCGUCCAACCUCCUACUCCACUAGUUCCGACCAAGAUGGAUAGUCCCACUUCGAGACGAAACUCCAAAACCAAGGUCAUCACCGGUCAUCGCAAGAACGGUCUCAUCGAUCUCGCACCAAAACAUUUACCAAUACGAAAUUCGCCGUACUGCCGCCCAAACAAGAUUCCACAGGAACCGGCCUGGAGUGCCAGCAAUUCGCAUCACUCAUUGCCGAGUCUUCCAAUCAUCGGCAUGGAUGAAAGUGAUUUUAUCUCUGUGCCUUCGUUACCAGAACCAACGACACAGGCGACUAUAACUACAAGCCUCGCGAAUAACAAUAACUAUGCGGCUUCAAUCGUAGAGGUUAAUCUUCCUAAGCCACUAGCUGUUACAAUGAGUUUGUCUGAAUCUAGCGAUUCGAGUAGCAGUAGUUCUGAAUCGGACACCGACAGCAGUUCCGAGUCGGACAGCUCUUCGGAGGACGAAAAUGAUUCUCCGAUGAAAGGACAAAGCUGGGCAGAAGUGGUCAACCAUGCUAAUACGGUUAAAAACCAGUUGACCAAGGAUCUGUACCUGUCAGAGUCCGACUCGGAUUAG